CGGCGAGCAUUAUCGUCAUUUAUCGAUAACGAAUGUAUACUGGCUCUUCAUCGUUUUCACGUAAUAUUUCACAAUAGUUUUUGAACGCAUUAUUAUUUCGCUUUUAACUCGAGUCUGAACGUGUUUCGGUUAGAGGUUAAAGUUUAAACGUACUUAUUAGAUAGGUCGCGAUAAAUGCAAUGCUUGUACAUUUUCUAAGAAUAAAAAUGGCUCGUUGUUGACCACACAAAAUAUGAUACAUAUCUUCACGAUGCAGUAGCGACACCAAAACUUAUAAACAUAACUCAUCUAACGUUACUUAGUCAUUGAUGUAGUGUCGGUACUCAAGCAUCAUUACCAAAAUGUUUUGUGUUACGAAAAAUAAAAUACUCUUACCAGUUCAACUCAAGAAACUAGGCGAGCAUACAUAUAAAUGUGAGAGCCGAAGUCUUACUGAUGUGUACCUGCAACCUUUUUGGAAUUGGCUACUAUUAAAAACACCCAUAUGGAUGGCACCAAACUUAAUAACACUUAUYGGAUUGAUCGUAAAUAUUGUCACUACACUGCUGAUUAUACGUUAUAGUCCAGAUGCUAAUUCAGAAAUACCUAGAUGGGCAAGCUUUUUGUGUGGUUUUGGUUUAUUUGUUUAUCAGAGCUUAGACGCCAUUGAUGGGAAGCAAGCUCGAAGAACUGGUUCUUCUUCACCUUUAGGAGAAUUAUUUGAUCAUGGUUGUGAUUCUGUUUCUACUGUGUUUAUAACAUUGUCAGCCUGUGUGUCAGUAAAACUUGGAGAAUACCCAUCAUGGAUGUUUUUUCAAAGUUUUUUUGCUGUUGCCUUAUUUUAUUUUGCUCAUUGGCAGACUUAUGUUUCUGGCACAUUACGUUUUGGUAAAUUUGAUGUCACAGAAACUCAAUUAUCUAUUAUAUUUCUUCAUUUAAUGUCCGCUGUUUUUGGUACCGGUAUUUGGGAUUAUGAAAUGCCUCUUUUUAAUGUCAAGCUGAAGUUUAUAUUAUUGCUUACGACAUUAGCUAUAUCGAUGGUUUUAGCCAAAUCAAAUCUAUCUGUCAUACUUACUGGUGGAAUUGGCAAAAAUGGAUCUUCAGUUGCCGGUACAAGUGUUUUGUCUCCUGCUAUUCCUCUUAUAUUAGUGGUCCUGCCUGGGUAUAUCAUUGCUUGCAAGAGUACCGAAAAUAUUUACGAAACCCAUCCUGUACUUUAUAUAAUGGCAUUUGGUUUAGUUACUGCUAAAAUAACAAAUAAACUUGUGAUUGCUCAUAUGACUAAAAGUCCAAUUGAAUAUGUCGAUUCCACGCUAAUAGGCCCAGCCAUGUUAUUUUUAAAUCAAUAUUUUGAUUCUAUUUUACCAGAAUACUAUGUGCUGUGUGUUUGCAUGGCUUGGACCGUUAUUGAUCUAGCAAUAUACUCAAUAUUUGUUUGCAAAGAAAUAUGUGAUCAUUUACGAGUUUAUUUAUUUUAUAUAACUACUACUACAUCAACUGCAAAAUCUGGUGCAUCUUUUAAAAUUACAGGUACAAAUAGUAAAAAUGGGAGCAACAAUUCAAGUGGUUUGUACCAACAGUUUAAAUAUCCAUCUACAUUUACUAGUUUUAUAUAUCCAUCAAAAACGAAAACAAAAUAAUAGCAUUAAGUUAAU